ACUGUUUCGUCCGUGUAACUGUAAUAUUGAGAAGUUCGUUUAUUUCGAGUUUUAUUUCUUUUGAGUUUAAAUAGGUUGUAGAAAGAAGUGGUAUAAACACCACAUAGCUUUCAGAGGACUUGAAUACGUGACUGGGUACAAGUUUGCCCAAUUGUCAACAAUGGUGCUGAAAUCGGAAGAUGGAGUCGUGCCAGAUGACCUGACUCCAGAGGAAAAGCAGGAACUGGAGAAUAUACGACGCCGUAAGCAGGAGCUGCUUGAGGACAUCCAGAGGCUUAAGGAUGAGAUAGCAGAGGUAACAAAUGAGAUUGAGAACCUGGGCUCCACAGAAGAAAGGAAAAAUAUGCAGAGAAAUAAACAGGUGGCGAUGGGUCGAAAGAAAUUCAACAUGGAUCCCAAAAAGGGGAUCCAGUUUCUUAUAGAAAAUGACCUUCUGAAGAACACAUGUGAAGACAUCGCUCAGUUCCUCUACAAGGGUGAGGGCCUCAACAAGACAGCAAUUGGAGAUUAUCUAGGUGAAAGAGAUGAGUUUAACAUUAAGGUUCUUCAUGCCUUUGUGGAACUUCAUGAGUUCACAGACCUUAACCUGGUUCAAGCACUCAGACAGUUUUUGUGGAGUUUUCGGUUACCAGGUGAAGCCCAAAAGAUAGAUCGCAUGAUGGAGGCUUUUGCACAGCGUUACUGUCAGUGCAACCCUGGUGUAUUUCAAUCUACAGAUACAUGCUAUGUUCUUUCAUUUGCUGUGAUAAUGUUAAAUACAAGCCUGCACAACCCUAACGUAAAGGACAAGCCAACAGCAGAGCGCUUCAUAGCCAUGAACAGAGGAAUUAAUGAUGGUGGAGACCUACCAGAGGAUCUGCUCAGGAAUCUGUAUGAGAGUAUCAAGAAUGAACCCUUUAAAAUUCCCGAAGAUGAUGGCAAUGACCUCACACACACGUUCUUUAACCCUGACCGGGAGGGCUGGCUACUCAAACUAGGCGGACGAGUAAAAACAUGGAAAAGAAGAUGGUUCAUCUUGACAGAUAACUGUCUGUAUUACUUCGAGUACACCACGGAUAAAGAGCCUAGAGGGAUCAUUCCCCUGGAAAAUCUGAGCAUUAGAGAAGUGGAGGAUUCAAAGAAACCAAACUGUUUUGAGCUCUUUAUCCCAGACAACAAGGAUCAAGUGAUCAAGGCCUGUAAGACUGAGGCAGAUGGGCGAGUGGUAGAAGGAAACCACACAUUCUACCGAAUUUCAGCUCCAACUAUUGAGGAGAAAGAGGAGUGGAUCAAUAGUAUUAAAGCUGCCAUAAGCAGGGACCCCUUCUAUGAAAUGCUUGCAGCCAGGAAGAAGAAAGUGUCUUCUAUAAAGAGGCCAUAAAACUUUCCCCCCUCUCUCACUCAGACUUUCAGUUUCUACCUGUGCAAGGUUAAGCAGUAAAAAUCCCACUGUGGACCUGGGAACUGUCCUGGAAUUCAAGGAGUGGAAACCAAAAAGCCAUAUAUGUAAAUGUUUGAAUUUGUCUUGCUCAGGAAUGCCCUGCUUUUUUAGGUAAAAAGAGCACUGGGAGUUUGUGUGAGCUUUAUUGCUAUAUCUUCUAUACUCCUGGCGAUAAUGCGCGCACACACACAAUCAGGAAUUUUGUACAGGUUACAAGCAAGAUUGUUGCACUGAAAUAUUACAAAAUGGAAUUCAGCUGAAUGUAGGUGUGUAUAUUCUGCACUUGAUUCAUAAACGCUGCUUUUGAAGAACUGUACUGGAAUACCCAUGUGAAGCUGUAAAAUACACAUCAACCCAGAUGAGUAAGUCUGACUGAACAUGGUGUCUGAAUUAACACGUGCUUAACUAGCUACAGACGAAAAACAACCUUUGUUUUCUUUGAUGGAUGUACAUGUGCUAAAUUUAACACAGACUCUGAAAUAUAAGCAUUUUAUUUACCAGAUUGCCUAAACAUUUAAGUUAAAUCCAGCUUGUUCACAAUGGUUAAGCUUGUACUUUCUGCUCAUGUUCUAUUAAGGACAAAAUUGUACAUUUCUUAUCAGUCAAGGCUUUUUUGUUUGUCAGCAAAUUUAGCACAUUUUUGUAGCUUUUAUACCUGCCUGUCCAGACCAUUGAACAUUAUUUAAAUAACACAUCAUAAUAGUGGCCUUACAUGCUUUAAUUUACUGUAGCCUUUAAACAAACAUACAUGAGAAAUUCACCAGUCUUUUUAUUUUAACAGUCUUUGCUAUAAUUUGACCCAAUUUUAUGGAAAUCCAAAGAUAACUAUUUUUUUCUGGACUUAUUUGUGUCACACUGUUACAUUGUAACACUGUUACGUUUGAAAUCAAACUGGUUAGAACAAUUAUUGUUAUUAAUAAUAUUAUUAUUGCUAUUAAUAAUAAUAAUAACUAUAAUUAUGAAAAAUUUGCUUUACUGAAUGUUUAGCCUUAUAAUUUGUGAGACUUGAGAUUGCUUAGAAGUUUUUUGUUUAAGUGCACUGACUAAAAGAAAAGCUGAUGUUUAGUUAAUAAUUUAUCAAUGCUGUAUAUAUGGUAAAAAUAUAUGAAUUGUAA